AUGAGUGAAAGAAGAGAAAAGGGGUUGUGUUAUUUCUGUGAUGAGCCCUUUACAGUAGAGCACAAUUUGACACACAUGAAAUUGCAAAUACAUGUUACAGAGGUUGAUGAUAAUUCAGAUUCAGAAAGGGAAGAUGUUGUGAGUGAGGAGUUGGCUGUCUCUUCAGGUAGUGAACCACUAAUAUCAGUAAAUGCUCUAACUGGAACUACUAGUUUCAGAAUAAUGCGAGUCACUGGAAGGAGACAUGUGCUGAGAGGGGCUUCUAAUGCUAAGCUGAAAAUAGUGAAGAAGCAGCAAUUGCACAAGGCACUUUCUUCUGGUGUGCACAUUUCUAUGUUGCAAUUGUGUGAGGGAGAAGAAGACUUAUUGUUGAAUUCACUUACUACUCAUGCACCCGCAUCUGCCAUGCCUACUAGUGUUGCAGAAUUGCUAUGCAAUUUUGAUGAUAUGUUCCAAGAACCUACCAAUCUACCUCCUUUUAGGCUUGCCCAUGAUCAUAAGAUUCCUCUAGUCUCAGGCGUUGUUCCUGUAAAUAAAAGGCCAUAUAGAUAUGCUAAACACCAGAAAGACAUCAUUGAUGGUCUGGUCAAGGAGUAUCUGCACUCAGGCAUAAUACAAAACAGUAGUAGUCCCUAUUCUAGCCCAAUUGUAUUGGUAGGGAAAAAAGAUGGCAGUUGGAGGCUUUGUGUGGAUUAUAGGGAGUUGAAUAAGGCUACAAUGAAAAAUAGAUUCCCAAUCCCUCUUGUGGAUGAUCUUCUAAAUGAGUUGCAUGGUUCCAAGUGGUUCUCUAAGGUAGACCUAAGAUCUAGCAACAAUCAGGACAAUCGUCCCAUAGCCUUCAUCAGCAGGAGCUUGAAUGUGCAGCAACAGUCCCUAUCCACUGAUGAGAUGGAAUUGCGAGCUGUUGUCUUUGCAAUGUAG